AUGAUCGUGACAGGCGGCGAACGACGUAUAUGUUGGAGGAGGAGGCGCCGAUUCGCGGUUGCGGUACUGGCCUCGGCCUUACUGACCCUAGCGAUCGGUCCCGCGCCAACCGAGGGACACAGGCCAGCACCGAACAAUCCGAUCAUUCUGCAGACGAGCACCAGCACGACAACUACGCCCUUCUACGUCCACUCGGUGAACGGUACCGUCUUACCGAAUGCCAACUACAACAACAACAACAAUGAGUUGGAUACAUACACGGAAGACGGAUACAACAGUACCAUCCAUCAUCACCAUCAUAAGAAAAUCGACGCUAACAUGACCGAGAAGGCGCCUCUCUUUCCCAGUGAUCUCUUCACCGUCCAACAACGGCAACACGGUGCCGUGAUACUUCACGUAAUGGGUGUAGUGUACAUGUUUGUCGCGUUGGCGAUCGUUUGCGACGAGUUCUUCGUGCCGUCUCUGGACGUGAUCAUCGAGAAACUCGAGAUCGCCGACGACGUUGCAGGUGCUACUUUCAUGGCGGCCGGUGGUUCGGCCCCGGAACUCUUCACAUCGAUAAUCGGCGUGUUCGUGUCGUUCGACGACGUUGGUAUCGGUACCAUCGUCGGUUCGGCUGUCUUCAAUAUUCUCUUCGUGAUCGGCAUGUGCGCUAUAUUCUCGCGUACCGUGCUCUCCCUCACAUGGUGGCCUCUAUUUCGCGACUGCUCUUUUUAUAGCGCCAGUCUGCUCACCCUGAUCUAUUUCUUCCGUGAUAAUUAUAUUCACUGGUACGAGGCCCUCGUACUCUUCGGAUUCUACUUGGCUUACGUGAGCUUCAUGAAGUGGAACCAACCGAUGGAGAAGCUGGUCAAGAGAGUGCUCUAUAGAAACAGGGUGACCCGGGUCAGGUCUACCGAUCAGCUGAUGCCCUCGAACGUGCAAAUUGAUCUGUCGAACUGCAGAACGAAGUUGCGAUUCACUGAAUUUUGCCGAUUCGCGAUACGCUUUUGCAUAAAAGGGGACAAAUGGGACAAAAGACGGAAGGAGAAGUUACGAAAGAAAAGAAAAAUAUUCACGCGUCUUUCACCAUAA